AAUUAGAGAUGUCUCACCUCACAGGGAAACCCCCAAAUGUUAAAAUGCAUAUAUUAAAACCCACAAGCACAACACCUCUUUAUCACAACUUACUCCAUAAACAUUAUAAUAGGAGGAGGAGGAGACAGAAGCCAGAAGAAGAGGAAGAAUUCUGGCAUUCUUCUUCUUCUUCAACGUAAUUCUCCCUCGUCUUCAUCUUCGUCUUCUUUGAUUGACUGAUUCUCAUAAUGGGUGGGCAGGUCUCAAAACAGUGGGAACGACGGAACGUGGUGUCAACGGAGAAGAAAACUUUAUGCAGUCUCCGGGAAAGUUGCGGCCACGAAUUUCCCGGUUGCGAUUACCGUCCUCCUGACCGGAAAAAUUGGAUGGCUGGCCUCAACCCAGAGAAGGUUCACCUGAACAAGAUUGUAUGGCCGGGGACCCACGACUCUGGCACCAACAAAAUUGGAAUCCCCUGCAUUACUCGGCCUUUUGCCCAAUGCCAAUCUCUCUCCAUUUACCAUCAGCUCGAAAGAGGGACCCGCCUUCUCGAUAUCCGUGUUGAGGAGGAUCGCCAUGUUUGCCAUGGAAUCCUCAUUACCUACAGUGUUGAUGUUGUCAUCAACGAUAUCAAGAGGUUUUUAUCCGAAACCCAAUCGGAGAUUAUAAUUCUGGAGAUCCGGACAGAGUUUGGGCACGAGGAUCCUCCGGAUUUUGACAGUUACUUGGAGGAUCAACUUGGUGAGUUUCUGAUUCACCAAGAUGAUCAGGUCUUUGAGAAGACGAUUGCAGAACUAUUGCCAAAAAGAAUUAUCUGUGUUUGGAAGCCGAGAAAAUCGCCUCAGCCCAAGGCAGGAGGGCCGUUAUGGAGUGCUGGGUAUUUGAAGGAUAAUUGGGUUGACACGGAUUUGCCAUCAACAAAGUUUGAGAGCAAUUUAAAGCAUUUGAGUGAUCAAUCGCCGGUGAUGUCCAGGAAAUUCUUUUACCGAGUGGAGAACACAGUAACACCUCAGGCAGAUAAUCCGGUGCUAUGUGUUAAACCAGUGACAGGGCGGAUUCACGGAUAUGCUCGGCUUUUCAUUACUCAAUGCUUUUCCCGGGGUUGCGCGGAUCGGCUGCAGGUCUUUUCCACAGAUUUUAUUGAUGAGGAUUUUGUCGAUGCCUGUGUUGGGCUUACACAUGCAAGGGUUGAAGGAAAAGCCUGAAUCUAAUCCUUUUCCACUUGAUCUUCUAUAGUUUUUCAUCUCAUCAAACUAAAUCAUGAUCAUUCAUGGUGAUUGCUUUUUGCGAGUGAGGUUGUUCGUAGUGUCGUUAAUGGGUUCUUUUGUGGUUAUGUUUGGUUGCAUGUUUAUUCUAUUUGUCAGUGUAUAAAGUGUUUUCUAUUUUUUGGCUCUGUAUCUUUAUCAUGUACUGGUUUGCUUUGAAUUGAAGGCUUGUGAGCAUUCAAUAAUUGUUUUGAGGUCUAAA